AUGGCCGCACCACGGCCCGUCAGCUCGAACUCCAGCUCCAGGAGCUCGUCCCGACCGCGCCCGCGCCCCUCAGGCCAGCAGCAGCCUGCUGCGCAGCUUGGGCUCUACGAAGCCCAGAAGCGGAUCCUGGAUCUAGAGAAGAGCCUGCAAUUUCUGCAGCAGCAGCACUCGGAGACGCUGGUCAAGCUCCAUGAGGAGAUCGAGUACCUGAAACGGGAGAACAAAGAUCUCCACUACAAGCUAAUAAUGAAUCAGAAGCCACAAAAGAAAGGAAGCAGCUCCUCCUUGAGCCUCCAGUCCAACAAGUCCAUUUCCAGCUCAAUAUCAGCUACCGUUCAAGCCAAGACCAGGUCCCAGCCUGGCUCCUGCAGGAAACAAGAGUCGAAAACUGACAUCUCCCAGAAGAUGGACUUAGAAGAACAGCCACUUGGUGCUUCCACGAGUCAAAGCAGCAAGUUGGACAGAGUCCCUGGGGUACAGGGCCAGACCAAAGACGAGGAUGCGGAGAUCUCUAAUUCAGUGGCACCCUUGGUAGGGAGCAGCCAGCACAGGGGAAAGCAGGUGACAGGGGCAGCUGCCUCACUGAGCCUGCCCCCACACCUGCGCAAGCCCACCACAGUGCAGCAGUGUGAGGUGGUCAUCCGGCAGCUGUGGAAUGCCAACCUUCUGCAGGCCCAAGAGCUGCAACACCUCAAGUCUCUCCUGGAGGGGAAUCAGAGGUCUAAGGCUGUCACUGAGGCCGGGUCUGGUUCUCUCAAAGACCAGGAGGCCAUGCAGUUCCCCAAGGUCUCCACCAAGGGCAUCUCUAAGAAGUGCCUGAUUCUGAGCCCAAUGUCCACGGCAGAGCGAGGCAUCCUGCCUGCUCUGAAGCAGAGCUUGAAGAGCAACUUCGCAGAGCGGCAGAAGCGGCUGCAGGUGGUGCAGAACCGGCGCCUGCAUCGCUCGGUGCUCUGAGCCAGCGUCCGGCAGCUCUGCUGCCCUCUCCCUUCCCCUCCCACGAUUCCACUACUUUUCAGCCACUCAAUUCCAAGUUAGGCAAAAACCAUGACAGAUAAAGUACUUAAUCUCGGAGCUGAAAAACUAUUUUCUCACUACUGUUUUGCUAUUCUUUAUUUACACAAAAGCACAUUAUUACCAGUUGAAAACAGAAAAUAAAGCUUGUUUCACCUAGUUUCCUUGUCUCAUGGCUAUCAGUCUCUCUUUGGCCAUUUGUCCCUCAUCGAGGAUUCUGCUAGUCUGGAAUGCCAGGCCUGGGGCAGCCAAGGAUGCCUCAUCCCAGGAGCUGAUGACUUCCCUCAAGGUAAACUGCUAGCAGAGCCCCACAUUACCUUCUUGGAGGCCAAGUGGCUUUCUGAUCUCGAUUGGCCCAAGAAUGGCCUUCUAGGCUGAGUUUCCUGUCUAGACGGGCACUCCUAUAGGUGCAACACUGUCCUUCGCUGCCAACAAGGGUCCAGCUGGGCCCUUUGUGCUUGGAGUCCACCGCCAGAGGAGGACUGUCCUCUCGAGCUAGCUGCUCCCUCGCCCCCACCUCCAGAACAGCAACUGCAUAUAUCACCGUGAGGUGGUCAGCUUGUGUCUACUCCAGCGGCAGCAUGGCCCCACUGCCUUAUUCUCUGGCAUGAACCACAGCAGGAAUUUGACCAGUGUACAAACCAGGCUGACACAAGAACCAGGCACUGGAGGCUCACG